AUGAAUAAAAAUUCUUCGAACAUAAUGGCUUUGGCUCCUAACACUCCUAACAAAAGAGAGACAGUGUGCAUAUUUGGAACUGGAGAUUUUGGACGAGCUCUGGGGCACAAGAUGAUCCAGUCUGGCUACCCCGUGGUGUAUGGAAGCCGAAGCACCCAGAUAUCCAACCUGAUUCCCAAGGAUGCAGAGGUUCUGAGCCACGCGGAGGCAGCACAGAAAGCUGCUGUCAUCAUUAUAGCAAUCCAGAGGCAGCAUUACAACUUUUUUACACCACUAGCAGAAGCUCUCCAUGGAAAAGUCUUGGUGGACAUAAGCAACAACUUGAAAUUAAACCAGUAUCCAGAGUCCAACGCAGAGUACCUGGCUCAGCUGCUGCCUGGCAGUAAGGUUGUGAAAGGCUUUAACACCGUGUCAGCCUGGGCCUUGCAGUCAGGCACGCUGGAUGCCAGCCGGCAGGUGUUUAUCUGUGGAGAUGAUGUGGAAGCUAAACAAAUGGUCAUGAAUAUUGUUCGUGGACUGGGUCUCACUCCAGUAGAUAAGGGAUCCCUCUUGGCUGCUCAGGAAAUAGAAAAUUACCCUCUGCAACUCUUUCCAAUGUGGAAGUUUCCCAUCUUUUUGUCCCUUGGCCUAGGUCUAUUCUUCUUCUUCUACUGUUUGGCUCUUGAUGUAAUUCAUACUUAUAUUUAUGAAAACAAUAACUUUUCAUUUUUUAUUGCAAUUACUGUUCCAAAUCGCGUCUUCCCUGCAAUGGCACUCACCCUUCUUGGCUUGGUUUAUCUUCCUGGUGUAUUUGCUGCAAUUAUUCAGUUAUACAGAGGUACCAAAUACCGCCGUUUUCCAGACUGGCUGGACAAAUGGAUGCUGUGUAGGAAACAACUUGGACUAAUAGCCUUGGCAUUUGCUUCCCUGCAUGCUGUGUUCACUCUUGUUACUCCAUUGCGUGCCUUUUCAAGUUGGAGAACCAGCAGAAAAAUCAUCUCCCAGGCACUGAACAAUGAAACAGAACCACUCGACCACACUAAUGCCUGGCUUAGUGACUCUUAUUUGGCUACGGGAAUAUUAGGAUUUUUUUUAUUCGUUCUUCUGGGAAUAACUUCCUUGCCUUCAGUCAGUAACAGUGUCAACUGGCGAGAAUUUCGAUUUAUUCAGUCCAAACUGGGAUAUCUGGCACUGAUUUUGUGCACUGCACAUGCAAUGAUUUAUGGUGGAAAAUGGUUCCUGAACCCAUCAGCGUACAAAUGGUAUCUUCCAGACAUCUAUAUGCUCUCCCUCGUUGUUCCAUGUGCUGUACUGGUUGUCAAAUUUGUGCUGAUAUUUCCUUGUGUAGACAAACCUCUCACACAAAUUCGGCAGGGCUGGGAGAGAAAUCCCAGAUACUCAGAACAGUCAAAUUAUAUUAUCAACAAGUCUGCUGUAUAA